AUGUCUAUUACUGAAAAAUGGAAAAAAGACAAAGUCAACUAUCAAUUACUGCACACUAGUCGUCGUUCCCCUAUUCUAAUCCACGUCAUUCGUGAAAUAUCCACAAAUAAGGUUUAUAGAAUUGAGAGGGAAGAAAAUAAUAUGAAAUGUGAGAAACUUGAUGAACAUUUACAAAAACAAAAGGAAAUUGCAGAAAUGAUAGAAAAGGUGGACCAUCCAAACAUUGUGAAAAUUUACCGAUCUUACUUUGAAAACAAUGCACUGGUAAUUGAAAUGCCAUUCUAUAAGUGUGAUCUGUAUUCAAUGUUGUUUGAUGAGACAACUAAACAAAUGAGAUUACUUCCAUUUCCAAUCAUAUAUCAAAUAGGUUAUCAACUAGCGAGUGCUCUUGUCGAAUUGAGGAAUCAUAACAACAUUGUGCACAGAGAUAUAACAUUGAAGAAUAUUCUUGUUGAAAGCUAUGAAAACGAUGUGAUUAGAAUAGUCCUUGCAGAUUUUGAAAAGAUGCAACAUGUUGGAGAUGUUCUUGAUGAUGAUGAUGAGUUUUCAAACAGUUGUGGAAACAACUAUCCAAGUGAAGGAAGUAGUGAAACCUAUGAUGUCUUUGCCUUGGGGUCAAUUUUAUUUCAAUUAAUUACAGGAAAUCUAAAUCAAACAUUUUCAACCUUGGAGAAUGAUGAAAUUGCGGCAAUUCUAUACGAAAAUGAUUCUGAAGAAGCUAGACACAGAUUGGAGGAGAGUAAUCUUGUACCAUUGUUAUGGAGUUGUUUUCAAAGUCAAGAAACUAGAAUUCCUCAAUACGAAACUAUGGAAGAAAUUAUUAUUCGGCUCUACAUGUUCCAAGAUCGAGCUGAAACAAACCCCACCAACAAUCCGAAUCCAGACCUUGUUGACUUUGUUGGACAAUUAGCAAAGAGUGAAAACAAAUUUUCUCAAGUUACAAAGGUUGGUCAAAUUCGAUAUAACCAAGUUGAAUUCUCCUUGGUUCGUAUGUGUCAAUCAAUCGUCAAAGGAAUUUGGGAUGAUGUUCGCAGCUUUUCAUACAAAUUUCAUGGCUAUUAUUUACUGUUUUCAGAAAACUUUCAUGAGGCUGCUUCUAAAUUUCAGUAUGUAUUAGAUAGUUUAAAUCCCAAUGAUACACGAGCUCUCAAUAAUAAGGCACUUGUACAGUUGGCUCUUUCUCGUCAACUUGAGGCAAGGUCUAAUUUGGAGCAAGCAACUGAAAUUCUAAAUCUGAGGAAACAGUCUAAGGAUAAUUCUCUAAAUGCCAUUCGAAUAGAUUCUAGGUACAUUAGUGCAAUGGUCAAUGUUGCUUUUGUUAUGGAACUGAAUGGAAAUUAUGUAAGGGCUAGACAAUAUUUUGAUAUGGCAUGUACAAAUGCAACUCAUGCUAGAGAUAGAUUCAAUGCCUAUCUAAACAGAUCAAUCUUUCUAGCCCAACAAGCAGAAUUUCAUUUGGCUCGAAAUGAUUUGAAUUUCUUAAUGCUCAAUUUUGGGAAUUCUCCAAUUCUGUUUGCCACUAAGUUGUUAAUUGGAUGGAUGAAUGUACUGAAAGACAAUACAUUAGAUUAUCACCAAGUUACAAAACAAGCAAUUCAAGAUCUGACAUCCAAAUCUAGAUUGUUAAAGGAGAGUAUACACUUUCAGUUAUAUUGGGCCAUGUUCUUAUUUCCAACAUCAAUGGAUUGUAAGAGAGUGUUAAAAGAGCUAAACAAACUCAUCAAGUCAACCACAAUUCCUAUUACUAUAAUAUGUCGUUCUACACUCGUUUCCAGAUUCUCCUUACAUGCAACAACAAAGAAGGAUACUGUUGUGAGUAUACCAAUGUUUAGAGAACAGAUUUUGGAACUCAUUAGCAUGAUGGAAUAUUGUCUCGAUAAUAAUUCAAGUUAUUCAUUUGGUUUGGAUGAUUUGGUCUCUCUAUCAAGAGCAAAUUACAAACGUAUUGUAAAUAACAUGAUACAGAGUAGAGAGUAA